AUGGACUUCUGGAACCGACUGAUUGGCUCGACACUCCAACCCAAGAAACAGCCCGCACGACCAGCCGCGCAUGACCCCCAAGCUCGGCUGGCGCGCUUCAAACGCGUCUACCACAGCAUUCACGAAUUAUCGAACAAACCACGAAAUGUCGACAACGAAGAGCCUUUGCUCAACAGCCUCGAUGCUCAUAUCAACAGGAUUGCGACCCUGCUAAGGGAGGAGACGAGAGCGCCUGCUCCGCAUCUAUGCAUCCAAUUCGCCGGCUCGAACCACAUCUAUGCCUUCAUCGGGCGAGCAGCGACGAUCAGCUCAUACGAACCCAUUAUCCGGUCGAGCAUAGCGGUUUUCGCCGCAUUGGUGGACAGUGAAGAGGAGAACUUCUUGGAGAAUGGAAACUUUGCUAAGAGCUUGAUGAGAUUGGUGCGCAAGGUGUUGGAGUCUGGAGGGGUCUUGAUUGAUACCGAAACGGAGACAUCCAUUCUGGAAUUGUUGUUUACAAUAUCUGCCAAGAUACGGUUACAGCCGGAGAUAUUGCCAGUCUGGUUUCAGAGCACGGCUAAGCCCGAGUUGGAAGAUGUCUUCGUCAAGGAGAAAAAGAGCUUCGUUGGCAUCACACAGAAGGAUGACUUUCCUCUUUGUUAUCUGAUGAUCGAUAGAGUGCAUCAUGAAGGACGAAUAGGCGACUUUGCCCGGACUGGACUUCUGUACAUCUACGAAUCUACAGGACGCUCUCUUGCACUUGAGGAAUGGGUCGUCUCCAGCGAUUUGCCAACUCUGAUGGCCUCUGGACUCGGCGCACUGUACAGUCAACUUUCCCGCGAACUGAGCAUUCUGCAUCCUGAUGCUACCCUACCUGCUGUCCUCGCAAUGAGUGACUAUAGCACUACACACCCAAGAGCGACGGCCGAAAGCGCCUUUUCCGAAAGGCACAAGUCUCACAUUGCGACGUUCCUUCACUACCUGCAUUUCUGGCAAGAUGUGCUAGAUCACUGCAAAAGCGCGGACGUCAAACAGACCCUUCUGGACCACUUUCAAAUCUUGUUUCUCCAACAGCUCCUCUACCCAUCUCUACUUCAAUCCAGUGAUACUGAUGCAGGAAGCUCAAUCGCUGUCUUGACAUACAUGACCGUCAUGUUGGAGUCACUUGAAUACCCGGACCUCAUACACAUGAUGUUGACGUAUCUCUUGGCGAUUCAAGAGGACCAGCAUCUUACAGUGCCUUCCGCGCCCGAAACGCCAGUGAGGACUGACGUGCCGCCACGUUCACCUACUUCUGUGAAACGUCGGCAAAGUCUGAUGCUGCUCAGCACACCCAAGAAUCCGGACGAUGCCGUCGACCCAAGACUGUUCAACCUUGUCGAUCUGAUACUCAACAACGUGAGCUCGCGGAACAGUCAGGCUGUAUUUGCUGCCUUGAAACUUAUCUCUGCGGUCCUCACACGUCAGAAGACGUAUGCCUUUGGUACGCUACUCAAAGUGCAGAGGAAUAAAGGAGGCCUGGCCAGCAGGACUAUUGGUGCUCUCGAGGAGGAGCUUGAGGCAUAUUCUGAGCUGGCCGUCUCACUGCACCGUGGAUACGCCCUUGAAAGCGCCUAUCAAGGCCUCUGCGAGGAUACUCGCUUCUGCAUUGAGGCCCAAGUGCAACUCAAAGCUGCCUCGACUGGCGCCAACAGUCUCGAAGAGUAUGCAGGCGCUCCAGAGUAUCUACUUCUGGACACGGAUCCCCUCGUACGGACUUUGCUGGGUCUCUUGUCAACUUUCUUCACGAACAGCGUCGACGUCAACUUGGCGCUUUCCCAGGCAAUCAUAUCGAUAGCGCAAUGCAUUGAGCUCCGGCUUGAAGGCUUUCUUGCAUUGGCUUCUGCAGCUUACCAGUUUGCUGAAGAUGCUUCCGGGCCGACGAGGCCAUGGCAAGCCUACCUGGACGAAGAGGAGAAAGCUGGAUGGUCGUCCAUACAGCAAGCCGCUAGGCGGCCAAUCUGGCCUGAGGACAACGCGCCUUUGCUGCACGUAGCUCUCAGAGCUCUCACGCAAGAGCUCGAGCAUGUGCGUAUGAAGGUCCCAAGUUUGGACCAAUUACUCGCGGAUCGCAAGAAUAUGCUCCAGGCCGCCACCCUCGACACCUCAGAAAGCGAAGCGCCCAGUCUCAUGAUGAGUAGUCCAACACCACAACCGGCGCAUCUUGACGUGCCGCCCACUUCAUCAAGAGGCCACAGUCGAAACUCAAGUCGUUCAUCAAUAGCGCGCGGCAGGGCCAGUACCAACGAUAAGGCAACAACUGGCGGAGCGGCUUCGGCCCCGUCCUCGGCUGCAGCCUCACGUGGAGCUUCAAGGGCGGCCUCCCGUCCACCCACUUCACAGAACAUCACCAAUGUCGAACAAACACCACAACAACAAUCAACGCCCUCAUCACCACCCGCGAACCAAUCUAUCUUCAAGCCUCCACCACCAGAGACGCCCUCCACGACAGACGUGCUGAUGCAAACCCUCCAUUUCGAUGACCACGUGCCUGGUUCGCAAAAAGGCAACGAAGGCAACAAGCGGACCGCCAGCCUAAACCAUGUUCUCACAAAUGUCGUCGUCCUGCAAGAGUUUAUCCUGGAACUCGUUGCCGUGCUGCAGGUCCGCGCGGCGAUCUUGGGGGAGGGCGAAGUGCGAACUACGAGUCAUGUCGUGUGA